CGUUGCGUGACGACACUGAAAGCGGCUGUGGGGGAGACUAUCUUUUAUUCGGCACUUUUCAGCAUCAAUAACACAUAAAAUGUAGCUCCACUGUCCUUCGCAUCACCUUUUCCCUUGGCUGGGAGUGAGAUUUCAUCAGAUCGACAGCAACAGAAUCAAGCAGCCCAAGCUGGUCCUUUAUCACUGCAUAGCAGAGGUAGCUAGAGCAAAAAAAAAAAAAAGAAGAAAUAUCUGUUUGAAUAAACCAAAUCACUGGCUGGUGUAUCAAGCUCAUCACUUCCAAUGGAUUAAAUCAGCAGCGUAUAAUACAUACAACAAAGCCUGUAUUCCGUGCAAGUAUGUCUAGUUGGCCUACAGAAACGCCGGAAAAAGUUAACUACACCAAACUCUGCAGGCUUCUUUACGAUGGAGGAACAAAAGCAGCAAGGUCUGUGUUAGAUACAAAGAUUCCUCCUCCUACUUUAGCGACUGAGCUAAACAAAUUCAAUUCCAUACUAGUAAAACUCAAGAAGCCCAAGGGAAGAGUACUGGAUCCAAACCAAUGGGACAAACUAUACCCAUCAAGUGGUGCCAUCCCCAAAUCUGAGGACUUCGACAUCACCUUAUUGUUCGUUCUGUUGAGGAACAUUUGUGGACUUACAAAACCACUCACUGGUUGGGACACCCUGCCACCACCGGCAGAUAAAACACUAGAGGCAGAACUAAUCAGGAUAAAGUUCUACAGGAAUGAGGUCAUAGCACACAGCUCAAGUGCUGAAAUUGGUAAAGUCCAGUUUGAGGAUUACUGGAAAAAGAUUUCAUCAGCUCUUGUAUCACUGGGUCUAAAGCAGGAUGACAUCGAUGACUUAAAGUCCUCUCCAAUUGGAACUGAAAACUACAACAACUUAGUUUAUGAAUGGCAUUUGUAUGACAAAGAAAUAAAAGAGCAACUUGAAGAGAUCAAAUCAGACACAAAAGCGAUUAAAUUGGACACAGCAGAGGUGAAGUCAACCGUAACCAACAUCGAGUCAGGUAUUGCAGAUAUUCAAUCCAGGCUACCAUAUUCGACUUCAUUCUCAAAUAUURAUAACCUUUUUCAUCAUGACUUCAGUAACUUAAUUCGCUCAUUGAGUAAUUCUUAUCAUCCCGAUACACGUCAGUGGAUAUUUGACCRAGUGAAGUCACAUGUGGAAAGCAGAGAGUCAUACCCAAUAAUGGUGAUUCAGGCGGGGCCUGGAAUGGGGAAAUCAGUGGUCACUGCUAAAAUUUGUGAAACAUACAAAGUGCAAGGCAUUCUUGGUGGUUGCCAUUUCUUUCAACACGACAACUUUCUAGUAAACAACCCAAGGUUGAUGUUCCAUUCUAUUGCAAGGCAACUCUGUGACUCAGUUCCUGGUUAUCAAGAAGCUUUGCAAAAAAAACUUCAACCACAUUUUCAAGGAGGGAAUCUCUCAGAUUUMACAUGUGAGGAACUAUUCACUGAAUUAUUUSAACCAUGUUGUAAUAUWACAUCAAUGAACAAUGUACUGAUUGUCAUUGAUGCYCUUGAUGAGUGUUGUAAUACUUUGAAAAGGGAAUUUUACAAAGUUCUUACGAAAAGAUUUUCUUGUUUGCCAAGUUGGUUACGUUUCGUUAUUUCCUCAAGACCACCACCAAGUAUUUCUGCAUUGGAGAGGUUCACCCCUGUCAUCGAUAUUGAUCCAGAGAAUGAGCGAAAUAAACGUGAUCUUCAGUGCUUCUUCAGUGACAAAUUGAAAGAACUGAGACAAGUUUCUACYAGUGAAUCUUCCAAUGAAAUUCUUGAACUUGUUCAUUUGACUGAAGGCUUAUUUUUGGUAGCUUUUUUUGUCAUUGAUUUCUUGAAAACUAAAAACAUUACGUCACUACAAGAAGCAUUGGAACACUUUCCCAAGGGCAAAGGAAUCGCUUCCGUGUAUGAUGAUUAUUUCUCUAGACUAAGGAAAGAACUCGUACCACACYUGAAUGRUGAAGAGGGGUUUUUCAAGAUGCUGGAUGCUGUGGUCGCGGCCGAGUUCCCUAUCGAGAUAAAGAUUUUCUACAAAAUCCUUGGCCUUAGCGAGGAGCCUAGAAUACCAAACAGAGAGAGAAAGGAAGCCAUUCACCUUCUUCACCAGUUGUUCCCAGUAGAGAAUGAUCACGUGUCGGUAUUUCAUAAGACUGUCAUUGACUGGGUAACAACUGGAGACCAUGACUUCAAAGUAAAAGGUGACGGUAGUGGAAUUCUUGGUAAUGUUUGCUAUAUAGUCUUGGAUGAUAUAAGGCAAGGUUCUAAAGAACUAAAUAAGCCACUCACUUUGACAGACAGUGAGACGUAUGCCUUGGAGUAUGGAUUUGGUUACAUGAGUGAAGAGAAAAGGCUGGAAACUCAGACAAACUGUUUUGUGUUCUGCUCACAAGCAUUGAAUGUUGCUAGAAGAAUUUAUGAAAAUAAUCUCAGCCAUUUACGACUAAGUUGGCCAUCUCUUUCUGAAGAGCUUAGGGAUGUUUAUAACCAAGUUAUCGUCAAUUUUCAUGAAUAUCACCUUAAACAUCGAUCAAGUUGCCGUUUUCAUGAUCUAACAAACUUUGGUCAAUGUUUGGCGUUUGCUCUUCAGGCUUUUAACCUGUUAAAAAUAGAUCAAAUAACACCAAACCCUCGUGCCCUCCUCAAUGAAAGAAAACUUCCAUAUCUUGAACGAAAUGAGUUGUUCAGAGAAAAGGAGGGAACUGAUCCUGAUUCUAUAGAGUUUCUAGUUGCUAAUGAUGGAUUCUUUCUUGUAAAGUAUUUGGACCAACAAACCUUAGUACAGCAAUGCCAGCUUGAUGGGACGCUUGUCAACGAAGAAAGAUUUGAGGGGAAGAAGAAGAUACUCAUGUCUCCUGGCUAUGAAUUUGUUGCUGUUACGCCAGUACGUGCAAGUGAAAACAUCGAUAUCUUUGAUGCUACAACUCUACGAAAACGCACAAGCUUUAAGCCACCAUAUUUGAUAAGAUCAUGUCAUGUAUUCGGUAACAGUCAGUCCUGGUUCAUCGUUACAAGAUGCUUAAACAAUAAGAUAUAUAUAAUGAAAGGAGAAACAGGCGAACAAGUUGGUCAUCCUAUCGUUGCGCAACAAGACGAUGAGAUUCUGGCUGUCAGCAAUGCUGGUCAUAUUCUGAUAGAAAGAACGCAUAUUUCUCUUAUAGGAAAGAAUGUGGAAACUGAAGGUUUUACUGAUGCUGAUGAAAACGUUUGUGUCCCUAUGGUACCUACAGGCGAGCUAAGAUCUAAAGAACCAAAUCGUAUUCGCCUUGGCUAUGGCUUAACCCAAGGAUUGCCAUUGUCAUAUAAUAGAUCGCGAGAACUGUUUCUCUGUGAUCACAAUAAACUGGACCAGAAAAUCCCUAUCUACGUACGAAUACGAGCUCCUGUUUGGAGAUAUGAAGAGCUUCAACGUUUAAUUUUCGAACCAGCAGAUUCCUUGAAAUCGUUUGGCCAACCAGUGUGUUUUUCUGAUGAAGGAAAUCUCUUAGCUUUCUAUUACCGUGGUGUCAUAACAAUUGUACACACAUCCGACGGUUCUUUUUACAAAAGCAUUGAUACACGUCCAUAUCCAGUGACCCGUAUCAUAAACAUCUUAUUCUUGUCGCAGGAAAGAAUUUUCCUACAAGAUGAAAGAAAAGUCUUUCUUUUCAAGAUUGGAACAGGAAGAGAAGUUGUUCUGGAACACAUGCUCUUUCUUCAACCUAACACCGAGUUUUGUCGGUUAUCAAGCACCAUCAUUCAAGAAAACAUGAAAACCAUUUUAUAUGCGAAAAGAGUACCUAUUUUUCCACCUUGGACCAAACCUGAUAGAGCUAAGUAUCUCUACUUUGAAAAGUAUGAAUUUCAUAAUCUGCAUUAGAUUUCUUACCUAGACUGCAUAUCAUGUAUUUCACAAUUCUCUAAGACUAGCGGAAUACAGUCGUACGCUCACAAUACUUCUAUAUCAAUAUCCGAUGCAUUACGGUUUUGUAUGUAUUGGUUUUCCUGUCGAGUUACACCACAAAGACUCAAAGAAAGUAUAUACCAGACUGAAGGAGUGCAUGGGAUAGAUUGAGUAGAGAGUUUUGUUAUCUAAGAUAGGUAUCAGUCAUGUAGUGAAGGUGGUCUAACCCACCACGUGUAUAACAGUAGGUAUUGCACGGGAUAGAUUGAGUGGGGAGUAUCGUUAUCUAAGAUAAACUUAGUCAUGUAGACAAGGUGGUCUAACCCCAACACGUGUAUAACAGUAGGUAUUGCACGGGAUAGAUUGAGUGGGGAGUAUCGUUAUCUAAGAUAAACUUAGUCAUGUAGUCAAGGAGGUCUAACUCCAACACGUGUAUAACCGUAGGUAUUGCACGGGAUAGAUUGAGUGGGGAGUAUCGUUAUCUAAGAUAAACUUAGUCAUGUAGUCAAGGUGGUCUAACCCCAACACGUGUAUAACAGUAGGUAUUGCACGGGAUAGAUUGAGUGGGGAGUAUCGUUAUCUAAGAUAACCUUAGUCAUGUAGUCAAGGUGGUCUAACCCCAACACGUGUAUAACAGUAGGUAUUGCACGGGAUAGAUUGAGUAGAGAGUAUCGUUAUCUAAGAUAAACUUAGUCGUGUAGUCAAGGUGGUCUAACCCCAGCAUGUUUAGUGAUGUAAUUAAUGUAUCGAAUAAAUCAUUAAAGAUUAGUCUUAAGUUAUGAAA